UCGAAAAACUCCUCCUUGCUGCCCGUUAUGGUGCACAUCCACGGCGGAGCUUUUGUGGGUCGUUCAGGGAACUACGACCCAGGGCAGCUUCUCAACUACGGAGUUGUGUUCGUAGGUUUAAACUACCGCCUCAACGUGUUUGGGUUCCUGAGUGUCAGCGACUCAGACGCCCCUGGAAACGCUGGCCUGAAGGACCAGACUCUUGCCUUGCGGUGGGUGCAGAAGAACAUAGCCAAGUUCGGCGGAGACCCGAACAGCGUCACUAUCUUCGGAGAGAGCGCGGGUGGCGCCGCCGUUCACUACCACGUCCUGUCGCCUCUCUCCAGAGGCCUGUUCCACAGAGCCAUCUCGGAGAGUGGUUCUGCUUUGAACCCCUGGGCAUACCACAAGAACACUGAAGAGCGCGCCUACCGCCUGAUCUCCAAAAUAAGGCAGCACGCCAACAACUCUGCAGACCUCCUCAAAAUUUUACGUGCCGCAGAGCCCGCCGAUCUAUUGAAAAACCUAGGAAGAGUUUUGGUUGGGUCAGAGAGGUGGCCUCUGCUGGCAAAUCCCUUCAUACCAUCGCUGGAGUUCCCGAGGAAAGGAGUGCAGCCAUUCCUGCCGCACGAGCCAGCCUACAUCGAGCAGCACGGGUUGUUCAACAAGGUGCCAUACAUAACCGGCGCGGCCGGUCGGGAAGGGGUGUCCUUCAUCGCGGCCAGCAAGCUGACUGAAGAUUCCUACUGGCAAUCCGUCAACCACAACCUGGAGCAUGUGGUCCCAGCCGAUCUGGGACUCGAAACAGGGUCUCAGCUAUCCAAAGAGGUGGCGCAGAAAGUGAAGAACUUCUACUUCGGCAGCAAAAACAUCUCGUACGAAACUCGUGAGCAGUGGAUAGCUCUGCAGACGGACCUGCUGAUCGCCUUGGGUGUUGUGAAUGCUUUUCACGCCCAAGUCAGGCACUCGACUAGCCACACCUACAACUAUCAGAUCACAUACGGCAGCGCCAAACAUUGCAUGGAGUUUCAGUUCCUGGUCUACAACGGCAAAAUUAAAGGAGAAAGUUCAGACACUGUGAAACUUGCUAAGUUUCUGGGACAAAUGUGGACGAACUUUGCCAAGACGGGGGUGCCCAGUGCAGAAGGUGAUGUAGUGUGGAAACCAGCCACACAGAAUGGAAGCUAUCCCUAUAUGGAUAUCAAUCUCCCCUCGGCUCUGAAAUAUAAUGUGGAUAAAGAUCGAAUGGACUUUUGGGAGAAAAUUUACAAGGAAUACAACAAAACAAACUCCACUUUACUGGCAAAUUGAAGACAACAAACCAGGUUAAAAAAAUUAUGCGUAAAUAAAAAAAUUGAAUAGAGCAUCUAUUACACUCAUUUACAAACAAAUAUCAAAAUUCUGUUUACUUGUG